AUGGUAGAAUUGGCCGACGCGAGCUGCUCUGACUGGGGCGACUGCUCCAAUGGCUGCGCCGAUGUCCCGCCAAAUGCCUCGUCAGCAGAUGCUACGUCAGCAGAUGCCACGUCAACAAAUGCUCCCUCAGCGGAGGGUUCUUCAGCAGCAGAUAACCUUUCCGACUGCAAAGCCAUCGUCAGCGGAGCUUUAGGGGGUUCCGAGCUUAGAUCGACGGGGGGAGCGGCGGGGGAAGCGGAGGGGGAAGCGGAGGGGGUAGCUACUCCGGUGGUCCCCGAGUGUCCGGUGUGUUUGGAGCUGUACGAUCAGGAGCAGCGCGUUCCGCGGCUGGUUGCCUGUGGCCACACGAUCUGCCAAGCCUGUGCCCGAAAUCUCCCUUUGACCCGGGAUUUUUUCGGGAAGAAAUGCAUCAGCUGCCCAGAAUGCCGGUGCCUGGUCGUGUGGAAGGGCCUCGCGAGCAUGCCCAAAAACUUUGCCCUUCUUCGCAUCAUCGCCGAUGCCAAAGACUGCCCGAGAGAAAAACGGGCAGCCACUCACGCCAUGGAAGUCUGCCAAACGAGAUUAGACUCCAGACAGAUGGUUUUCCAAAUCGCGGAUCUGCUCUCCGUGGUUUCCGUGCUUUUUGGGAUUCUUUUAGGGAUGUGCGUUUUCGUUCCGCUCUGCUGCGUGUACCUAGCUCUGGGUUGGAGCAUUGCUGCUCUGACGUUCCUCGCGUUCUCGAUCCUUUCGACGGCAGCCGUUGGAUUUGCAGCUGCUGGGCUUUUCUCUCUGCUCUCGUACAAAACCCUCAAGUUUCUCAACGUUUGCUCAUGA